CAAAAUGAAAUAAAUGUUGCCGAAACGGAAAAAAGCGGUUGAAUUAGCAGCACUAAAUUAGGAUGGACGAUCAAUCGGAGACAGAAAGGAGAUGCUAUUAGGGUUCAUCUUCUUCUUCUUCUUCAUUGAAACCUAAGCUUCUUUCCUCCUACUGGAAUCGUCUUUUUUCCUUUCCUGUGCAGAAAUUAGAAUGGGCAAUGCCACAGAAAAUGAGGAUGAAUCUGCUCGGCCGCUGCUUCAUCCUCCAGCCAGUGACAUGCCAAUUGAAUCACAGCUUGUUCCAGCAGAACAACUUGACCAUGCUUCUCCUACCCAUCCCGUCCCCAUGGACCAAGAUGAACCCUCUGCUAUCCCCCAUGUUAAUAAUGUGGAAUUGAAGUCCAGUCCACAACAUUCUCACUCUGAGACACCCUCCAGUGAUAAUGGCUUGGAAUUGAAGUCUAAUCUUCAAAAACCUCAGACUGAGGCCGCCCUCACUGAUGACAUGGUGACCGAUCCUCCACAAUCUCAGUGUCAUGCCGCUGCAAAUGAUAACAGUGCUGAGUUCAAGGCCAAUAUUCAACAACCUCAGGCCGUGACAGAUGCCAAUGAUAACAGUAAAGAGUUGAGGACCAAUAUUGAACAACCUCAGGCUGAAACAGUUCUCCAUGGUGACAAUAUGGAGUUGAAGACUAGUCCCCAAAACCCUCAGGCUGAGGCGGCCCCUAAUGCUAAUGAUGUGAACUUGAGAUCCAGUCCUAAACAACAUCAUACUGAAUCAGUCGAAAGUGAUGAUAGAAGUGUGGAAUUGAAAACCAGCCCUCAAGUGGAGGCAGCCCCUAAUGAUAAUGAUGUGAACCUGCGGUCAAGCCCAAAGCAGCAUCAGACUGGAGCAGCUGCUAGUGAUAAAAGUGUGGAGUUGAAAUCCGUUUCACAUGAACAUUCACAAGGUUCUCCUUACCCAAUUCCUUUAGAUGAUGAAAGGGGUUUGCUCAAGCCUGGUACUGAACCUAUUGCAGAGAGAAGACCUGAAGCCAAUGAAACGUCUGAUUACAAAUCUAAAACAUGCAGUAUUGUUGGCACCACCAUUUCAACAUGUCAUCUUGAAACUUAUAAAUCGACUCCAGAUGCUAAGGUUGAACCUUCUGAAGCAUCAGAAAAUAAAUCAGGACAUCAUGCUGGCACCCUUACUAUAGAGGAAAAUGAACCUGCUACACCUCAUGCAGGAUCUUCAAGCAUCAAAACUGAACGUGAGAACAAGAGAGAAUCGAAGAACGUAAAGGAUAAAACAGAUAUUGCUACACCUGAAAGUAAUGGCAACUCAAGCUCAAAGUACUCAUUUCUUUUGGAUGAUGAUCAUGAUGGUAAUGAGUCAGGAGCAGAGGAGGAGCAAUGGGCAUUUAUGAAGGAACUUGAAAAUUUCUUUAGGGAGAGGAGCAUGGAGUUCAAACCUCCUAAAUUCUAUGGAGAGGGAUUAAAUUGUCUGAAGUUGUGGAGAGCUGUUAUGAGAUUGGGUGGCUAUGAUAAGGUGACUUCAUGCAAGUUGUGGCGGCAAGUGGGAGAAUCCUUCAAACCCCCAAAGACAUGUACAACUGUCUCAUGGACAUUUCGAGGGUUUUAUGAGAAGGCACUUCUUGAUUAUGAAAGACAUAAAACAUGUGGCGGUGAGCUUAGCAUACCCCUUGCUUCCAAUUCAGAGCCCAUGAAUGUUGACAAUCAGCCACCUGGAUCGGGUAGAGCCCGAAGAGAUGCUGCAGCACGUGCAAUGCAGGGUUGGCACUCACAACGUCUGCUUGGUAAUGGAGAAGUUAGUGAUCCUAUCAUUAAGGAUAAGAAUUCUCCAUCUUUACAAAAGCGUGAAAAACAGCUUAAAAGCCUUAGUUUACUCAAACGCAAGAAACCAUCUUACAUGGAACAUGCUGUCAAAGCUGCACGCACCAAAACAUCUAAACCACAAUUGGAUGUAGAGGUGAUUGACCUUGGACCUCCAGCAGAUUGGGUGAAGGUCAAUGUACAGAGAACGAAAGAUUGCUUUGAGGUAUAUGCUUUGGUGCCAGGGCUUCUUCGUGAAGAGCUAAAAACAUUGCUUUCAAACUCAGGUUCGUGUUCAAUCAGAUCCAGCAGGGCGACUGGUCAUCAGUGGUGAGCCUGAGCAUCCUGAAAAUCCUUGGGGUGUUACCCCCUUCAGAAAGGUGGUUAGCUUACCCUCGAGGAUUGACCCACAUCAAACUUCAGCUGUGGUCACCCUGCAUGGACAACUAUUUGUUCGUGUCCCAUAUGAGCAGUCAGAGUAGAUAGGAGUUUAAUUUAACAAAUGUCUUGUGUCCAUUCCCCCCCCAGAAUCCCACAUUUUCAGUUUUGAACUCUGAUGCAUGCGACUUCUAAUAGAUGGUAGAUUAUUAAAGUUUCUUAAUGUUUAGCUAGGAGGCUUUUCAUAUAUAGCUCUUUCGUUUUCCAUUUACUUUUUCUUACGCCUUUGUUAGGCAGCUGUUUCCAUGUUACUCGCAUAUGGUAGACUUUGUAGGCUAAUGUUUUUUUACAAUUAGUUUUCUUCCACAUGUUAUUACCAUUUCAAAUGAGUCACAAAACGUGUAAUGGAUGUCGGUUUGCAACGAGUCCAAUUGUAGCCCGUAAUGGAUGUGGUUUUGUAUCAUGGUUAUUAAAGCGUACUUUCUACCUGUUUAAACCUAAAA